ACAUGGGUUCAAUCACCAACUUCCUUUUUACUGUGGCCGCCAUAGCGAGAGGAGCGUGGUUCCCGGCGAGCCGAAAAAAUAUAACCAAGAAUGGUGAGAAAUUACUCUCUUGUUGUCGGGAAACCAGUGCUACAAUGUGAGGCAAAGCUGCUACAAUGUCUGCACAGUAGAAAUACCGCUGUAUUUUGUCUCUAUUGACUUAAAUGGGCUUUAGAUAGAGUAGGGUGUUGGAAUGCUCCCGGCUAACGAAGCUAACACGAGGAGCCAUUUUGGUCGAGCAGCUUCUGUAGUUUUGUGUGGUGACACGUGUGGUAGAACAAGACUGGCAGAUUGUAUUCAGAUAGUCCCUAAUUCAUCCGAUCUGUUAAUCUACCUGUUUUAGAUUAAUCUUGAAGCAUACUAGUGAAUAUUUUCCCCAAAUACAUCAUUACACUAAUCAUAAUAAGUGGUGAUUCUCAUGCUAUAAGUCAAGCUAUCAAACUCCAGCUAAGCCAGGCCCGGAAACUGACUUUUGACUGUUUAUAAUAUCUGACGUUAUCAAGCGAUAGUUCAUGCAAACAUGGUUUAAAGAUUUGUGCUCUAGAUUGUCAUACACGAGGAGGUAAAUCGCAGACUUUAAACGAACAAAGAGUAUAUUUUGACAGCCUCUACAUCUUAGUAUGUACAUGCCUUUUACAUGAUCAGUGGUGUGCUUUUUUUUUUGUCCUAGGCCUGUGCCCGACCCUUGAUCUCGGUUUACUCCGAGAAAGGAGAAUCUGCAGGCAAGAAUGUUGUCAUGCCUGCUGUGUUUAAGGCUCCAAUCCGCCCUGAUGUUGUGAAUUUUGUUCACACCAACAUGCGCAAGAACAGCCGCCAGCCUUAUGCAGUCAGUGAACUGGCAGGUAAGUAACGGCUGUCUUAGAUUGGCAUCUGUAUAAGCAUCAUAGUUAAGCUAUGACUUAUUUCAUGCAUUCUCAGUAGCACUUGAUAUUUCUGUUCUUAUGGAUUUUAAUUUGUGUCAAUUUCAGGUCAUCAGACCAGUGCAGAGUCCUGGGGCACAGGAAGAGCUGUUGCCCGUAUCCCUCGUGUGAGGGGUGGUGGUACUCAUCGCUCUGGCCAGGGUGCUUUUGGAAAUGUAUCCUUUACUUAGAGGUGGAGUUAUUUUCAUCAUUGUUUUAAAUAUUGCGUGUGCCAUGUCAAAAAGAAGUAAAGAAACUUGCCAUGAUGGUGUAAUUUGCGUCCGACUCUGUGAUCAGUGACAGAAUGCCUGCUGUCAUAUGCUGGCACAGAUGGCUGACGAAUAUUUGAGUCUGAGCAGGUGUCUAGAUUUUUAGUAGCAUCCGUAGUUGUUAGACCUCCUUCACUUUGGUUUAGAUGUGUCGUGGAGGUCGCAUGUUCGCCCCCACCAAGACCUGGCGCCGCUGGCACCGCAGGAUCAAUACCACCCAGAAGCGCUACGCCAUCUGCUCUGCAGUGGCUGCCUCUGCAAUCCCUGCACUUGUGAUGUCCAAAGGUAAGAUUCAGGAAAAUGUGAUCAUUAUGAGCUAUCCUACUUAAGUACAGCUUCAGGUUAGACUUGCCAUGAUGGUGUAAUUUGCGUCUGAUUCUGUGAACAGUGACAGUUGCCUGCUGUCUUUAAGCUGUCACAGAAUAUUGAUGUAUGUUUAAUUCUGAGCAAGUUUAGAAAGCACCGCUCUUGACAGUCACCAUGAAUAAGCUUGUGUGAAUACAUCAUGGGUUGACAUUCUGGUUUUGACUGUUAGGACACCGUAUUGAGGAAAUCCCUGAGGUUCCACUGGUGGUUGAGGACAAAGUUGAGGGCUACAAGAAGACCAAGGAGGCAGUGCUGCUGCUGAAGAAGCUGAAAGCCUGGAAUGACAUCAAGAAGGUAAUCUACAGUCUUUUACAAAUUCAGAUUUAUUCGCCUCAGUUUUGCUCCUGGUUGAGCUGACAUUGCAUCAAGGGGGAAAAAAAGUUUGACAAAAUGCUGUCAAAUCCCUGCAGCUAUAGCCUCUGUACAUAGUGUGCACACCUUUUUAAACCACCAGGUGCAAGUAAAGCAUUAAAAUUUUAUAACAACAUACAGUAACUGCUCUGGUUGCAAGUUUCAGCUGCUCAGAGUUACUGUAUGUACGAGGCAUUGUUGGAGUUCAGCAAUAACUCAGCAUUUUGGCAUAUUCCGAUUUUUAUGUUCUCAGGUGUACGCCUCUCAGCGCAUGCGUGCUGGUAAGGGUAAGAUGAGGAAUCGCAGACGCAUUCAACGCAGAGGGCCAUGCAUCAUCUACAACCAAGACGCUGGUGUCACCAAAGCCUUCAGAAACAUCCCCGGUAAGUAAUUCAUUACAACGGUUUAUAUCAUAAAUCAUAAGACAUUUGUAAGAUAAGGCUGAAAUAAUGUUGGCUUGAGAAUGUACAUUUAUAUGCAGAUCUAAGAUACCUAGAUGUUGCUUGUGAGGUUCGCAGGUCUGUUUUGUGCCAGUCCAGCAACAAGAUAACUCUGAACUGUGUGCUGUGUUUUGUGAAGGCAUCACUCUGCAGAACGUGAACAAACUGAACCUGCUGAGGCUCGCUCCCGGUGGUCACGUUGGACGCUUCUGCAUCUGGACAGAGAGCGCUUUCCGUAAGCUGGAUGAGCUGUACGGCACCUGGCGUAAACCUGCUUCCCUGAAGGUCGACUACAAGUGAGUGUUUAUUCGAAGAGCAGCAGCAUUUAAAACUUCGUAAUUUCACUGUGAUGAGCUUCCACUUCAGGUCCGUGUUUUUGAACUCUGUGAUAGUAUCGAAGUUCUGAGUUUGAGUAUCAAAGACUAGACAGUUGACUCUUCUCAUACUAUAUAUUGUGAGGAAUUUGAUGAUGAAUUCUUUGUUUUCAGUCUGCCCAUGCACAAGAUGACAAACACAGACCUGAGCAGGAUCCUGAAGAGUGAGGAGAUCCAGAAAUCCCUUCGCACACCUAAGUAAGUUUGGUUCACUGAGAGUUUUCAUGUUUGUUAAAGCUUGUCUACCAUGAUGAUGUUCCACUUCAGGUCCGUGUUUCUGAACCCUGAUUACUAUGGAAGUCCUGAGCCUUGCAGUGUUUAUUAGGGACUUACCACUUAGCAGUAGUCCACCGUAUUAAAGUGUAUUUUGUUAUUUUGUCACAACAGUAAGAAGAUCAACCGCAGAGUGCUGAAGAAGAAUCCUCUGAAGAACUUGAGGAUUAUGCUCAAACUGAACCCCUACGCCAAGACCGCAAGACGUCAUGCCAUCCUCAAGCAUGACCCUGCUGUAAGACUUGGCAGUUCAAUCUUUUAAUCAUUCUGAUGUCAAACUUGAAAUUGCCAGCUGUGUCUUUAUUCAUUUUGUAACUCUCCUCCUGUAGAUCAAGGCCAAGAUGCUGAAACCCAAGAAGAAGCACGCAAGAAAGAAGGCACCUGCAAAGGCACCCAAACCUGCAGCAUAAAUUUAUACAAAGAGACUGGUGUUCAGUGAUAAAUAAAUCAGUUCUUCGAAAUUCUCGAGUCAAAUCUAUUAUUUUAAAUCUGGUACGCUAAGAUAGCUUUUGAGUUAGGCUUGUGGUAAAGCACAAAAAUAGUACAUGGUUAAUUUAACUUGGUCUGAAGGUCAUUAAUGUCUGUUGGUAAGUGCUAAAAUGAGGGAAUUGCAAGUUGAUCCAGUGUGGGGGACCGUGUAUCAUCUACAAUAAGGAAGAGAUGCUGUUAAAACAUAAGAGGUAAGUUGUUGAAGGUACUGUCAUGACUAAACAUGCGACCAUGUGUAGUUUAGAUGCGGCAGGUAGCAAAGUCAUGAAAUGCAAACAUGCAGAUCAAUAGGCAGUAACGUCCUUUACUCGUGUCAAGCUCUUAUUUAUGAAGGUGUCAUCUUAAUGAAUCUGUAAUGAGGCGUUUCACUAAUUUGAUCAUUCUUUGUUUCUAAGGCAACCCACUGAAGGCUGCCGCCAACCUGCUGCCUUGAGGGCUGACUACAAGUGAGUACUGCAUAAGUGACAAUGUUAGAAUUAAUCAUUACUAUGAUGAGCUUCUACUUCAGGUCCGUGUUUUUGACAUUUUGUGAUACUAAUGAAGUUCUGAGUUCAGUCGUUGAAAAAGCCUGUUGAAUAAGUCUGUAGAAUUUACCAGUUAAUCUAGAAAUUUAAUCAUUUCUGAUUUACCCCCCAGCAGAAGACCAACACAGACCUGAAGAGUGAGGAGAUCAGACAGCUCUUCCCAAACCAAGUAAGCAGUGCUCACUUAAAUUCUUGAAACUUUGUCUGUCAGCCAAUGAUGAUGUUCCACUUCAGGUCCGUGUUUCUGAAUCCUGAUUUUCAUGGAAGUCCUGAGCAGCAUGUUGUUAAAACAGCUUUGAAUGUAGCAGGAGUUCACCUUGUUGAUUCUUGUUUAUUUUGUUAUUCCAGGAAGAGGAUCAUCUGCAGAGUGCUCCUUCCUGACUGAACCCACACACCAGGAAUUGCUGGAGAUUAGUAGUGAUCUAAUCUGUAAAUACAGACCUGUACGAUAAUUUUAUUCACAAGACAAUUUAUUCCACAAAAGCAAGCAUAGAUUUGAAUCCGGCGCAGUGAGGACACAAGGCAAAGAGGAAUAUCAAGCACACAGGUUUAGCAGCAUUUGUUGUGAUUACAUAUUUUGAUCAUUAGAAAACAUGGCUUUUCAGGCAGGCUUUCAAUACAGCCCAGGGAAUUGUUCAAUAAAGACUUAAAUUACUUGGCAUGUAGGUUUUUAAACUAAAGUUUGAUCUGUCUAUAGCACAACUUUUAAAUACAUUAAUUACUCAGUAUAAAGAUGUUGAUAACCCUUCAAACAAAGCCCAGGUAACUUGAAAACAAAUCUCACAUCCCUGUGCCGUGCGUGGGUGUCGAAGGCUGAUUGAGUCCAAUGGUACUGCACAACCAGCCCGCAAAGUCGACCUGUUCUGCCUCGGACUGUUUGAUAAAGGAAUGCACCUGGAGGAACAGAGGAGUGUGUAAGAAAGCUUAAAAACCCGGAAAACAUACUUUUAUAUUCUCACACUCACCAUCAACUGUUUCAGGUCUGCUCUCUCUGCAGGAUUUUUGAUCAAACUGCAAAGGAGACAAAAGCAUCUUGAUGUAAUUCAUUUUACCACCACUAGAGGGCAGAAAUUUCAAAAGGGUGGAAAGUUACUGUGUGUGUUACAUGCAGGUUUCAUUUCCAUACCAUUUAUUCACAAAAUCUUGAAAGUCAGCGCUGAAUAUCCCGGGGAGUUUUGGUGGAGGCUGAAAAGAAGUUAUUCAGUCAUAGAGAAGUUAGUCUAAUUGAACUAUAUGCAAAUAAUGAAUGCAAUAAAUACAUUAGACCUUAUCAGAGAAAAUGAUUGAGAAAAUAAAGAUUUAAGAAUUAUUUCAGUGUGUGUGUGUGAGAAGGUUGCAAACUCGAGCUUAAUACACCACCUACUGUAACGCUGAUCCAUAGAAAAGUGUAUGCGUAUACAGCAGCAGGAGUGGGUUUAACAUGGCAAAGAUCCAGUUUAGAUCAAGUUCAAUUUGAUUACAUUUGUUAAAGGGCCAUCCACAAUAUUGAACAUGUUGUCAAUUAAUGUUAAGUACCCAUGUUAGUUUAAAGCUUUCAAUCCUUUGGCAAGUCUCACUGAUAUUAAAAAACCUCCCCUGUUGUUGCCUGA